AUGGUCGAUUGUUACUCUCCUUUAAUCCUCAUGGAAUUUCAGUUUCCCUCCAUCUCUAUUCUUCUUGCUUUCCUCCUCUUUCUGUUUGCACUGAUCAGAAUUGGUGUGAAAAGAUCCACUACUAAUAAGUCAACUCCAAAACUACCCCCAGGCCCAUGGCAACUGCCUCUCAUAGGAAACAUGCACCAGCUUCUUGGAUCACUCACUCAUCAUGUCCUGAGAGAUUUAUCCAACAAAUAUGGACCACUGAUGCACCUACGGCUCGGUGAAGUUUCAACUGUCAUCGUUUCUUCACCAGAAAUUGCCAAAGAGGUUAUGAAAACACAUGAUAUUAUCUUUGCCAACAGACCUUACCUUCUCUUUUCCCGAAUUCUCUCUUAUGAUUCUACAAACAUUGGCUUUUCACCGUACGGAGAUUACUGGAGACAACUGCGCAAAAUUUGCACAGUGGAGCUGUUGAAUUCAAAUCGGGUCCAAGGAUUUCGAUCAAUAAGGGAAGAGGAGGUCUUGCAUCUCAUUAGGUCGAUAUCUCCAGAUUGGAGAUCCCCUAUCAAUCUUAGCAAGAAAAUUUUCUCUCUGACAUACGGUAUUACUGCAAGAGCUGCAUUUGGGAAAAAAAACACAGACCAAGAAGCAUUUGUCUCUCUGGUAGAGGAAGUUGUAAAGCUGGCAGGAGGUUUCAGCCUCUGCGACAUGUACCCUUCUUUCAAAUUUCUUCAACUCAUAAGCGGAAUGAGACCUAGACUUGAGAAGCUACACAAAAGAAUUGAUGAGAUACUUGAAAACAUUGUCAAUGAUCACAAAGAGAAGAAUAUGACAACAAAAACUGGGGAGGAAGCAGCAGAGGAGGAUCUAGUAGACGUUCUUCUUAAAUUUCAGAAGCAUGGCGACCUACAAGUUCCAUUAACCGACAGAAACAUCAAAGCAGUCCUCUUUGACAUUUUAAGUGCCGGGAGUGACACUUCAUCAACAGCAGUGGCGUGGGCAAUGUCAGAAAUGCUUAAAAGCCCACAAGUAAUGAAAAGGGCACAAACUGAGGUAAGAAAAGUCUUUGGUGGAAGAGGAAACGUGGAUGAAGGUGGCCUUCAUGAAUUAAAAUACCUGCAAGCAGUAAUAAAAGAGACCUUGAGGCUACACCCCUCUGCUCCUCUGCUGCUUCCAAGAGAAUGUAGCGAGCAAUGCGAAGUAAAUGGAUAUGAAAUACCCGUCCAGACCAGAGUUAUUGUCAAUGCCUGGGCAAUUGGAAGAGAUCCAAGGUACUGGAGUGAAGGUGAGAAAUUCAACCCAGAGCGAUUUCUUGAUAGUGCAGUCGAUUACAAGGGGACAGAUUUCGAAUACAUCCCAUUUGGUGCUGGAAGAAGGAUUUGUCCAGGCAUAUUAUUUGCCCUGCCUAAUAUUGAGCUCCCACUUGCACAACUUCUGUACCAUUUCGCUUGGGAACUUCCCAAUGGAUUGAAGCAAGAAGAACUAGACAUGACUGAGACCUUUGGCAUCACUGUGAGAAGAAAACAGGAGUUGUGUUUGAUUCCAGUUCGUUAUCAUCCAUCUCCUACCAAAUAAAUCGCAUAGAACAUACGUCGGGGUUAAUGGCAAAUGCUAUUGAAAUUAUUGUGCUGCAUUUUCAGAGGAUUAUCUUAUUUGCAGUAAUUUUGAGUGGUUUCUGUAUAAUGUAUGUAAUUUAAGAAAACAAAGUUUGUUACUCAUAUAUUAUA